AUGCCGCCUCGAUCUUCCUUAACGUCUUCAUUCUCUAUUACCGACUCGAACAAUGAAGUCGUCUGUCCUCUGCGAAACCAAGAUGGCUCGAGCUGUCGUAAGCGCUGUAUUGGCGAAAAGAGGUAUCGCUCAAUGCAAGAGCAUAUUCGACGAGCGCAUCCAGAGCAUUAUAUUUCGAAGCUCCCUGCGACCGAGGAGAGCUUCUUACUCAUGAUUAACACACCUCCGUCAGAUCGAUCUCAAGUUCAGAACUCUGCCGGCCCUCCGCCAGGAAGCCUCGACCCGACCAAAGGCUAUCCGCACGAGCGUCAUGCAUACUCCCGAGACGCAUCUAGCGCUCCCGGGACCCCUAGGAAUCAUGAUGAAUAUUCCGGGGGCUCGCAUUUGCCAGCCGCGAGUGCCGCUGCUGCUUUGGCCCAGUUAGGUGGCCAGCACAAGUUCGAGACGGAUUGGGAUAAUGAAGCAGGCUGGCAGUCUGACAACGACGGCCGGAGAAUACCGAGGAGUACAAUUGAAUUGCCUCCCAUACAUUUCGGAAUGGAGCCAACUAGCGAACCAUUCCCUUCAAUUAACUCUGCACCGCGUAGGGACUUGCUCCCGUCAAUUCUUUCAAAUUCCCCGCCAGGUCGCUCGUCGACUCUUCCUCCUCUUCAACGAUCGCUUGGUCCUAUCCGACCUAGAAAGCAAUCUAUCACUAAGCGUGGCCAUAAGAAGCAGAAAUCUCGAGGUACCGCAAACGACUGGCUCCGGAGAAUUCAAAACGAUGAGCGCCUUAAGCCAGGCGGGACUGAUCGUAAGGCUCAUUCCGUCGAGCCCACGGCCGACUACGGCAAAAGGUGGGAAGACCUCAUUGAUGCUGCAGCGUCGGCUACAGAAGACAUUGAUGAAGACAGGACUCCUGUAAGUCGUGCCCGGCACAUUUAUUUUCCUUCUCUAACAUCCCAGGUCCCCCAAUCUCCUAUAUCAAUACACCGAGCUUCCUUGCCCCCAUUUCCCCAUCAACACUUCCAAGGCUAUCAAGCUUCUCCUCUACAACAAGCUCUUACUCCACCAUCCUUUGCCCAAGAGAUUCCAGAACCUUUCCCAUCCGUCGAGAGUGGCGAGAGCGGAGGAAACUUCCAUAUAGGAGCCUCUGGACUUUCAGAUUCGUCGCCCGGCUUUUCAUCUCAGGACGUGCAUAUCUAUUGUGCUGCGUGCCAGAGAGCGUCGAAGCUCCGGGAAUCUUAUGCAUGUACAGAAUGCAUCUGCGGCCUAUGUCGAGAUUGUGUCAAUAUCUUGAUGGAGGAGCAAGGAGCCCGAAGAAAAUGCCCGCGCUGUGCUACUAUUGGUGGCAGGUUUAAGCCCUUUCAGUUGGAUAUCCGAUGA